CGACUGACGUUUCUUCGGAAAAUCAAAACAGAGAAAAGGAUUCUUUCACGCUUUGCUGUCGGGUGCCGAAUCGCGGAACAAUAUUCUAGGAAAAUGUACGGUGGAAAGUCGCCACUGGAGCUGCUGUCGGGAACCUCUUCCAAGUCGUGGCUGCACGACAAAUGGGCCCCCGGCGCAGGUGGAGUUCUGGGCUUCAUGGGUGCGUGCUACGUGAAUUGGGGCUCCGGAAGGCCACUCUUCAGCGGUAUCCAGAAGCAUGUCGUCGCUGCCGUGGGCCUUGGGGCACUGGCGUUGACCAUGGACAAGUGGAGGACGCAGUAUUUUGCCGAAAAGGACGCGACCCUUCGCCACUACGUUGAACUGCACCCGGAGGAUUUCCCAACUCCCGAACGCAAAAAAUUCGCUGACGUCUUCGAGUCCUGGCAGCCAAUUCGUUAAUCGACCUUAUUUCGAGCAGAUUUCGGCCCAAAGCCGCAACCUACUCAAAGUCUAGCCUAGUUUAAAACUCCAUAAUACCGUUACACCCAUGUAACCCAGCAGCGGAUGUGAAUAAAUGAACCCGAUUGUAAAAUAGUUUUAA